AUGCAGCAGUUUGUCGACCCCUCGGGGCCUCGAUCCCAGGGUGACCUCCCCGUCGCGGAAUCGAACGCGGACUCGCUUUAUGCAGCAGUGGUUGGCCAUUACCACUACGCCACUCACCCGUCGUUAGAUAUAUUUGGCGUUUUCGAGAUUAACUCUUGUCUACAGGUCUUCAAGCGGUCUAGCCACUUGAGUCUCUCGGGUCGUGUUGUGAAGUCUGACAACUCGUAUCCACAGUGGACCGUGCAGCAGACCCCAGACAGCGAUCUCCCGCUGAGCUCCACCCGGCAAGAUCAACAACAGUCCCCAACAGUUGCGACUGCGUCCUGA